AUGUCCAAGACUAUUCUCGUUACCGGCGCUACCGGCAAGCAGGGUGGCGCCGUCAUCAACGCCCUCCUCAGCCAAUCAAUCGAGAACUUCACCAUCCUCGCCGUGACCCGCGAUGCCUCGAGCACUAGCGCCAAGGAGCUGUCCGCGAAAUCCCCUGACAUCAAGCUGGUAGAAGGUAACCUCGAUGACGUCCCGGGGCUCUUCGAGGAGGCCCACGGCGUUGCCGGGGAGCACAUCUGGGGCGUCUACUCAGUCCAGGUCUCGAUGGGCAAGGGUGUGACCUUCGAAGGAGAGGUCAAGCAGGGCAGGGACCUCAUCGACGAGUCCGUCAAGACCGGCGUGAAGCACUUCGUCUACAGCAGCGUCGAGCGCGGCGGCGACGAGAAAUCGUGGCACAACGAGACCCCUAUCCCCCAUUUCCAGAGCAAAUGCUACAUCGAGAGGCAUCUGCGAGACGUCACCGCAUCGGGCAACUCUGGCGAGGACAUGGGCUGGACGAUCCUUCGGCCGGUCGCCUUCAUGGACAACCUGGCGCCCGGAUUCCCGACCAAGGUCUUCCUGGCGGCAAUGCGAAACUGGGUUGGUCAGAAGCCCGUCCAGUGGGUGGCCACCUCGGACAUUGGCGUGUUCGCAGCAAAGGCAUUCACUGCCCCGCACUACUGGAAUCGCAAGGCAGUCGGACUUGCUGGCGACGAGCUCACCUUUGACCAGCUCAGCGAGUCGUUUGAGAAGGCUACGGGCAAGCCUGCCCCGGUGGCCCCUUGGUUCUUUGGGAGCGCGCUGACCUACAUGGUCACUGAGCUGCGUUUGAUGAUUGGUUGGUUUGCCAGUGACGGGUACAGGGCAGAUAUCAAGGCCCGACGCAAGGACCAUCCUGGGAUGUUGACCUUGGAGCAGUGGUUGGACAAAGAAGGCCCUUUUGUGACGCUAGGUCGUUGA